CAGCUGCGAUGGUUGAUGGCUUGAUCCUUGUAGAACUGGAAUGGUAGGCAACAUUCCCCUUCCUCAGGGUCCAACUUUUCUUCUCCCUGAUCCAUCCGGAGGGCAGGUGGCUGCUCGGCGGGUUGCAGGUGCAGCUCCUCUCAGUGGAGGAGGGCCCUGAGCAGGCGGGGCCUGGCGGGAGCGCCUCUGCCAUUGGCCCAGCCCAGGCUGCACCUGCCCGGAGCCGGCAGGCCCAUAGCACAAAGUCCGCGGGCCCAGGCCAAGGAGGUAGCAGUCCGUGGCAGUGCAGGUGGGUCCCCGCCCUCGGCCAGGCAAGAUGCCCCUGCGGCUGCGGAGAAAAAAGAAAUUCAAUACCAAGGAGACCUCCCGGCUGGUGGAGGGCGAGCAGACUAAUGCGGCUGGCGGCAGCCUACCCAGCCUCCCGGCGCCCACCUGCAGGCUGGUUUUCCACACGCAGCUGGCCCACGGCAGCGCCACGGGCAGAGUGGAGAACUUCUCCAGCAUCCAGGAGCUCUACGCCAAGAUCGCGAGCGUGUUUGAGAUUUCGCCGUCGGAGAUCUUAUAUUGCACUUUAAAUACACCUAAAGUUGACAUGGGAAAACUAUUAGGAGCACAGAUAGGUCUUGAAGAUUUCAUAUUUGCCCAUGUGAAAGGGAUCAAAAAAGAAGUGAAUGUGUAUAAAUCUGAGGAUUCACUUGGUCUCACCAUUACAGAUAAUGGUGCUGGCUAUGCUUUUAUAAAGAGAAUUAAAGAUGGCAGCAUAAUUGACUCAGUUAAAACAAUCUGUGUGGGGGAUCACAUUGAAGCCAUCAAUGGAGAAACUAUCCUUGGGUGGCGUCACUUUGAUGUUGCUAAGAAGUUAAAGGAAUUAAAAAAAGAGGAACUCUUUACCUUGAAGUUAAUAGAACCUAAGAAGGCCUUUGACAUGGAGCCCAGGUCAAAAGCUGGAAAGUCAUCAACAGGAAGGAUUGGUACUGGAAGGGAGACACUUCGCCUGAGAUCAAAAGGUCCUGCCACUGUGGAAGAAGUGCCCUCUGAAACCAAAGCAAAGUCGAUUGGAAAGGUUGAUGAUCUUCUUGAAUUGUACAUGGGAAUUCGAGAUAUCGAUUUAGCUACUACAAUGUUUGAAGCUGGAAAGGACAAAGGUAAUCCGGAUGAAUUUGCUGUGGCACUUGAUGAAACCCUUGGAGACUUUGCGUUCCCAGAUGAGUUUGUCUUUGAUGUUUGGGGAGUCAUUGGUGAUGCCAAAUGAGGAUGAUUAUGAUGUGAAUGAUCGUCUCUGGAGGAAUGAAAAAAAAAAAGUUAAAAUCUGCUUUUAGACACUGUUAUGGACUCUGGCUUGUUUUAUGCGUAUGAAUACAUUCUUUUGAAAUAUAAUUUUGAUUUCUGGGCACUUUUUAAUGCAGUUGCAUAUGUAGUAUGCUUAAGAUAAAUUUCCUAAAACGUGAUCAAAUUUAAUACUCAUUUAAAAGCUUUUUAAAGUUAGUUUUAGAGAGUAUUUCUAGAUAGGUUAUUUUGGUCCCCAUUGACAGCCAUAUUUUGUUUUCCACGUAUAAGUAGUUGAUUGCAAUCUCUUUGUAGUUCUUUUGCAAAAUCUUAAUGCAGUGAAAACGAGGAUUGGAGUAUAAUUUGCCUCAUAGCAUCUUCAUUUUGUUAUACUAGCUUGAACAGGAUAUGUUCAGGACAUGAAAUACGCAUUAUGCCUACUAGAGGUCUAGAAACAUUUUUUUUUUAAAUCCACUGAAUAAGGAGAGGAAGAUUCCUAUAGCCUGUUGAUGUCUAUGGCUUACUUACUCUCUUUGUAAAACAAGGAUUGAUUGACUUUUAUUUUUUGCUUCUUUGUAAUUGCUUCCUUGCUUCUUAAACUUGUUGAAAUCUAUUGUGUUGUGUAUGUAUCUGCACAUGUAGAAGAAGGUGAAAAAGAGGCAGAUACAGUAGAAACCACUUAUAUUUGAUUUUUCUUUUUUUAGCAGUUCUUACAACACUAUUUCUUUUCCAUCCAUACCUACUGUUAUGUUACCCUUUAGAAGCAUUCCAGGGAAAGUUUUUAUAGUCUUUGUAGAACUUUUCUUUUGAAAGAUGUUUACUCAGAAAAUAACUAUGUUUGGGAACAUUUUUGAGGGUUAAAGAGCAACACUUUUUUUUUUUUUUGGAAGAGCAACACUUUUAAGCCUCCUGAACUUAAAAGGAGAUACUAUAAGCAGUAGAUUUCCCCCUAGUGAAAAUGCAGGAGGAAGGGAAAAUUGAGAAAAUAUAUUAGCUUAUUAUUUUAGAGUUCUAAUGCACUCUCUCUGAAACCUUACAUUAUUGAGAAAAUUGAGGGUAAAUGACUGUUUUAUCACUCUUAACUUGACAUUUUACAGAUGUAAGAGAAAUGGAAAUGAAUGGUUUCAACAUAGAUCAUUUAAUAAGGCAGAGCAUGGUGUGACCAAGUGUUCUUCUAAAAUGUUAGAUGGAAAAUGCUGCACGCUGCCGUGGUAAUCAGAAAUAAUAACCUGCGAGGGGUGUAUUCUAGGAAAUCAGAAGUAAUUCCCUUUUCAUGCUGGGUUGAUGCUUAGAUAACUCUUGUUUUCUGGUGCAACUUCACUUUUGCUGCGUUCCGCUCUCUUUUUCACAUAAAUUUAAUUCUAUGAA